UUCAAAUCAAAUAAGUUUGAAUAUAUAAAAAUUUUGCUCAACAUUUCUACUCUCAUCCAAAAAAAACAUUUAAAACUAUGUUUAAAUUAAUUGUUGUCACAUCUCUGGUCGCCUUAUGUAAGGCAAGUGGUGGCGGAGGAGGCUAUGGUGGUGGAGGUGCUGGUAAUGGAUUAAGUGGCGGCGGCGGUGGUGGUGGUUAUGGUGGCGGCGGUUCACAGGGAUUUGGACUCAGUAGCGGUGGAGGAGGUGGUGGUGGAUAUGGAGGUGGAUCAGCUAGUUUUGGUGGUAAAUCGGGUGGCAGUUCGGGAUAUGGUGGCGGACAGCAAUCAAUUUCUGGCUUCAGUGGUGGCCAGAGUUCUGGUGGUGGGGGAUAUGGUGGUGGAUCAUCAUUCGGUGGACAGGGAUUCGGUGGACAACAACAACAACAAUUGGGUGGCGGAUAUGGUGGCGGACAACGACAAGAAGGAGGCAGCGCUCAUGAAGGAGGCGUUAUUCAGGCAGCCGUUCAAACCAAACACACUGUUGAGAUCAGACCCGUAAAUAUACCUCAAGAGGACAUUCAGCCACAAAUCAUUGAAGUAGAUGCCGGAGAUUUACCCCUUCAGAUCCAUUUCAAGAGCGCUUCCAGCAGAAUAAAGGUUGUUCAGAGCCAUCAGGGAGGCGGUGGAGGCGAAGUCGAACAGACUUCAUCUGAAGAUGAACCCCAUCGUCUGGUCCACGAAGUGACCAAACCUAUCAUCCAAGAGGUUCGCGAGAUUAUCACUCCGUACAGACGUGUCAUCCAAGAGAUCAGACCAGUUGUCGAAGAGAUUCAUACAGUCGUAGCAAAGGGUGAGGCAAGAAAACAGUCUGCAGGUCAUCAACAAACCCAACAACAACAACAAACUGGCGGUUACGGUGGCGGCGCAGCUCAGGGAGGCUUUAGCAGCGGUGGAAGCUCUGGAGGAUUUAGUCAAAAAUCUAGCGGCGGAUCCAGUGGUGGUUACGGAGGCGGUUCCUCAGGAGGCGGUGCCCGUUCUCAGGGAGGAUACGGUGGCGGAUCAUCAUCGGGAUCUGGAUUCAGCCAGGGAUCAGUUGGCAAGUCAUCAGCUGGUGGUAGUUCAGGUGGUUUCGGUGGUGGCAGCAAAGGCUAUGCCAGCUCUUAAUUAUGUAUCAAAAAAAACAAAAAACAUUUGAAUUUUAGGCAUUUGUGUAAUUCUCUCAAUCAUUUAAUCAUAAAUUAUUAUUUGUUGGAUAACA